AUGGCGGCGGUGUUCGAACACUCAAAUCGCGACCCGCUCACCGGCGCUCCGGUAAACUCUGCGUCUAUCACACCCCCACAGAGUGCCAACGGAAAGAAGGAUGUACCUGAAGGGGUACCUUCCGAAUUAUCAGAUCUCGAACUAGAUGCCAAAUCAGCGACCGCACAGAAUGAUGUUCCGAUCAAGAUGGAGGAACUGGAAGAGCCGGAAGCAGAAGAAGAAGUCACGCCCGAUCACUACUAUGGCGGUGGAAAAGUCCCAGUGUUCAAGCCGCCUGCUAAGACAAUGGAUCAAUUUCGUGAUUUCCAAUCGUAUGUCAACAAGAUUGACAAAUAUGGAAUGAAAGCUGGGAUUGUGAAAGUUAUUCCUCCCAAGGAAUGGAUCGACGCCCAAAGGCCGCUGGACGAGCAAGUGAAGUCGAUUCGUGUAAAGAACCCCAUUAUGCAAGAAUUCCAUGGAUCGCACGGCACCUACACCCAAGCCAACAUGGAACGCCAAAGAACCUACAACCUACCCCAAUGGAAAGGUCUCUGCGAGGAAAGCAGUCACCAACCGCCUGCUCGCCGUGGAGAACGACGUCGCAACCAGGAACGGGGAAACCGAGUUGCCACAACUACUCCACGACCCCAGCCUGCUCCUCGCCCAGAAGGUCAGAAGCGCCGACCCGGUCGCCCUCCGAAACGUGCCAACCAAGUCAAGAUCAAAGAGGAGCUUGCAGAUGACGCAGAAAAGUCCAAGUCCGAAGGUCCUCCCACACCUGUAUCGCCUGAGUCAAACCCUGUUGAGACCAAGUGCGAAGAUUUAAGUGAUGGCGAAUCUCUCCCACCUACCAAACCCAAAGGACGACAGCCCAAGUCUGUCACAUCACGACGAAAGAACAACCGCGGAGGUACCGUCGACCACCUUGAUGAGGCAGUUUUCGAGGAGUUUGAUUACCGCAUCCAUGAUCAUGAAGAUUACACUGCUGAAAGAUGUGAAGAACUUGAGACUGCAUAUUGGAAGUCGCUCAUGUACAACAACCCUAUGUACGGUGCGGACAUGCCUGGUUCUCUCUUUGAUGACUCUACUACUUGCUGGAAUGUGGCCAAGUUGCCAAACCUCCUGGAUGUUCUCGGGCAGAACGUUCCCGGUGUCAACACAGCCUAUCUGUAUCUAGGAAUGUGGAAGGCCACAUUUGCUUGGCACCUGGAAGAUGUCGACCUCUACAGUAUCAACUAUAUCCACUUUGGUGCGCCCAAGCAGUGGUACAGCAUCUCUCAGGAGGAUGCCCCACGCUUCGAGGCGGCGAUGCGGAGCAUUUGGUCGAGUGAUGCCAAAAAUUGCGACCAAUUCCUGCGGCACAAGACUUAUCUUGUCUCCCCAAGUCUGCUCAAGUCGCAGUAUGGAAUCACCGUCAAUCGACUGGUUCAUUACGAAGGGGAAUUUGUCAUCACUUUCCCCUACGGAUACCAUUCCGGUUACAACAUUGGAUACAAUUGUGCCGAGUCGGUCAACUUCGCAACUGAAAGAUGGCUGGACUAUGGUCGGAUCGCCAAGAAAUGCAAUUGCGAAGCAGACAGUGUCUGGAUUGACGUCGAUGAGGUUGAACGCAAACUGCGUGGCGAGGCCACUCCCGAAUACUAUGGCGAUUACGAAAGCGGCUUUGAGGGCUGCGAAGGUGCUUCGGAUCUUUUGACCCCUCCACGCAGCGUACCUGAGAAAACCUCCACUCGUGGCCGAAAGAGGAAAGACGCGAGCGACGGGCCGAGAACCAAACGACCUAAGCUCCACCCCGAAGGCCCGCGGAAGCUCCCGUGUUUCCUAUGUCCUAAUGAUCUUGACUACGAGGAGUUGUUACCUACAGAAGAUGGCAAACACAAUGUGCAUCGGCGUUGUGCAGAGUACAUUGAAGAAACCAGCAUUCUUCGAGAUGACUCUGGUAAUGAGGUGGUUUGCGACCUUGACAAUAUUCCCAAGGCUCGCCUGGGUCUCAAAUGUCUUUUCUGUCGUGAGGUUCGUGGCGCCUGCUUCCAGUGCAACUUUGGAAAGUGUACUCGUGCCUAUCAUCCUACCUGUGCCCUUCUAGCGGGUGUUCAGGUUGAGUAUGGUCGCAUUGCCGUGAAUGCCGAUGAUGGAAAGCAAUACGCUUUGCCCAGUGUGGACCUCAAGUGCAAGUUUCAUCGUCAGAAGCGACCCUCCGGUUCGCUGAGAGAGUCGUUUGAUCUUGACCGUAGUGUGAUUGAGGCGGCUCGUCGUGUGGCGCCAACCAAUCUGAUCCAACUCCAGGCUGACAAGGAGAUCAAUGGCGCUAUUGUUUUGCAGAAUCGAAUUGAAGAACGGUCUUUGUUGGUCAAGAUUCUUCCGAGAGGAGACGUAAUUGAGAUGCCAUAUCGCUGGCUGCUCGUGGUGCGCAAAAGCAAUUUCGCGCCCCUUGCGCCGGGAAUUGAGGCCCUCCCGGCCCACUUGGCGCGAAAGCCUGAACAACGAAAGGACCUGGAGGUUGCGGUACCGGUCGCCGGUAGUGUCUUUGGCGACGUCCGAUCUCCCUAUCAGUGGGCCGAAUUCCACACGGUGGAUGCGCAUAAGUUUCAAUUUGCCCCACUCUCUGCGGUUGACUUGUCCAAACCAGAACAGGUGUGGCAUUACCUGGGCACGCAGUCCACCGAGAGUAGGGCACAUUAUACGCACAACCCUAGCGUACUCAUCCACAACCCGCGGGCCAAUUUCCUGGACAGCGUCAAGUCGCUUGGCGUGGCUGGACUCAGUGCUCGUGCAUUGAAGAUCUCACCCCACCAUAAUUCCCAUGCUGUUACCGCCCCUGCCCCUCCUUACCAGGAAAAUCUUUACGCCCAACGCCGACCGCAGAUACAACAUAAACACGAAUCUCCUCCCAACGCCAACCAAACCCCUCACCUACAAUCCCGACCGCCCUCCUCUGCCGCCCCCCUGCAGAGCCUUGCCCCUCCCCCUCAUUCUGCUUCUUCCACCGGUGCUGCUGCUGCUGGUCCUGCGAUGCCGUCGGCCUUUCGAACUUUGCCGAAUCAAUCUGCCCGUCAUGCCCCCUACCCUUCGGUCACCAAAUCGCACGUUCAGCAGCAGCACCACCUUUCCGCCACCAAUACCUUUGCCAAUGUUAGGGAGCUUAUUGCCCGUCGCCGCCUCGCCCAAAUCACCGACCACGCUAAUGUCUUCGCCGGGUAUACCAUCGUCAGCCCCGAAUUGGUGGUAGAAACUUUGUUGGGACCUAUGGGAUCCAUUCCUCCGGCCAAUGGACUCGAGAAACUUGAACUGGCCAUGGCCCAACAGCGGGUGCAGCCACGGGCAGCCGACGGCACUUUGCUACCGCCUCAGACCCUCAACAUGCGAUCUGAGGAGGUAACGCGGCUACUGCACAUGCUUCGAUUCUCCUUGGUCAGCCACCGCGAGCGCUUGGAUGUCAUUCAAAAGAAGGAGUCCGAAGGCAUCAAGAUGGAGACCAUUGAUCGGGGGAUUGUGGCUGCGGCAAAGAUGCCCGGUAAAUACGCUUUCCUGGACCAACAAAGGGAAAUGGCCCCCAAUGUUUAUCAAUCCCCGUACAACAUGCCGUCAGGUCUGUCGGAGUACGCCAAGGUCACAUACGGGUUACUUCCAUCACCGGAUGAGCCACCCAAACCGUCCCUGGCCAAUGAUUUCUUUGCCCGCCUCUCCCCUGAGGACCAAGAGAAGAUCAUGAAAACCUGCGGUAGCUUUGUGCAGCGUACCAUCGACCGCUCAACAAGUCAUAGCCGACACAGUUCGGCUUCAAAUCUCCGGCUGUCAUCGGCACUCGCCCAACAAACGGAAAAUCCGACGAUCGACAUCACGACGGUCGAUGACCCACCCCUGUCCGGCCUAGAUCUGCCUCUUCAUGCCGAUUCCCCAUGCUCUAGUUUCGGUCGGUCGCAUCUGCGGCUCCAGUCACCACAUGACUUCCCAAUCCACGGACCUGAUCCCCAUCCCGAUCAUCACGAUCUAUUUGGGGAUCAGCAAGCCAACACCCGCUUUUGGCAGAACGGGCCAUGGGUUGCUGGCGAUGGCAAUACCCCCAACGAAGAAAACCGACCGUUCUUUGGCCCUCACGAGCGACUCAAGCACGACUAUGCAUCUUCUGACAUCUCCUUGGGCAAAGGGCCGGGCUCAUUACACUCCGUCGAUAUGGCUGGUUUCGGCUUUGACGGUCCUGAUGAUCUCGUCGGCGGACUCAGUCCCUAA